AUGCUUGCGUGUACAGAGAUGAUUACGAUGUGUUUGCAAUCAGCCAAGCGUCAACAUCUCAGCAAACAGCAGCAGCAGGAGUGUGACCACAACCACAACCGGACCGCAUCGCUUUUUCACGAUAUAUUUCGCAGGGCUGACAAAAAUGAUGAUGGAAAGCUGUCCAUGGAGGAAUUCCAGUCAUACUUCAGUGAUGGGGUCCUUACGGAUGAGCAGAUGAAAGAGCUUUAUCGCUCAAUCGACAGGCAGAAUGCAAACAACAUGGACAUUGAAAAACUCUCAGAGUACUUCAGCCCACAUGUGGGGGAGUAUGUCAACGUACUGUCUGCACUUGAGAAGCUAAAUGUGGCUAUUUUAAAGGCAAUGGAUAAAACGAAAGAGGAUUAUCAGGGGUCCUCUGUGCUGGGUCAGUUUGUGACUCGCUUCCUGCUUAGAGAGACUUCCACCCAGCUGCAGUCCCUGCAGUCCUCACUUGACUGUGCUAUGGAAGCUGUCCAUGACCAAGGCUGCACAGGCAGGAAGUCAGUGAGGAAGCCGGAGGACCUGCCUAUCCAGAAGGUAACCAAACGUCCGAGCCGACGAAUCCAGAAGAACAUGUGUCUCUCACCAACAGACCCUUACUCUGGCAUGCUGACCACAGGGGUCAGUGUGGAGUCUGAUUACCACUGGGGCUCCCAGGUCGACCAGUUGGAGCAGCUCAUAGACAAGCUGGAGUGUGAGAGUCCACAACUUGAACCUCUCAAAGAAGACACACUGGCAGGAACUUACAAGUCGAACAUUCUCCUGGUCCAAAGACAGAUGUCUGUUAAGGAGCGUGAUGUGGAACGAUUCCAGCAUGCUCUUAAGAUCUACACGGAUGCCACCAGCGGACAGCAAAGCAACCUGCACAUUUCAGUCCAAAACCUGCCUGACAGAUCGUGCUUCAUCAUGUACGAAUUUUGGCAGGAUCGUCUCUCCUGGAUGAGCUUCUUGCAGUCAUCCAUCAGUAAGACCUUCCAGCGUGGCAUUAUUGAUGCACUGGAGGAGCAAGAGAUCGUCUCCAUGAUGCUUCUCCCAGCUUCCUGGUGGAUUAUGAACAACAACUGA